AUGUCCUACUCCAGCGAGUCGUGCGGCGUCAGCUGCCCCCAGCCCAUCGCCGAGAGCUCCAACGAGCCGUGUGUGCAGCAGUGCCCCGAGUCCAGAGCCCUGAUCCUGCCCCCGCCGGUGGUGGUGACCAUCCCGGGCCCCGUGCUCAGCACCUUCCCUCAGGAGAGCGUUGUGGGAUCGUCAGGCCCAGCCUGCUCCUCUGGCUAUGGGGGCUCCUUUGGGCCUGGAGGUUAUGGGGGCUCCCUGGGCUAUGGGGGCUCCUCUGGCUAUGGGGGCUCCUUUGGGUCUGGAAGUUAUGGGGGCUCCCAGGGCUACAGGGGCUCCCGGGGCUAUGGGGGUUUCUCAGGCUAUGGGGGCUCCCUUGGAUAUGGGGGCUCCCGGGGCUAUGGGGGCUCCUUUGGCCUGGGAAGCUGUGGGGGCUAUGGGGGCUCCCAGGGCCGGGGGGACUCCCUCGGAUAUGGGGACUCCCUUGGCUACGGCCGUUCCCUGGGUUAUGGGGGUGACACUGGCUAUGGAGGCUCCUUCGGGGGCUAUGGGGGCUCCCUGGGGGGCUAUGGGGGCUCCUUUGGCAAUUGCGGGAGGUCCUACAGCUCCGGCUUCUCCUCACGGGGCCUGGGCUAUUCCCUGCCUGGCUCCCAGAGAUGGGGCAGGUCCCGCCACGGGAGCUGUGGGGUUUUCUAA